GCGCUUACUUGAGUGAACACAAGCAUUCGUAUUGAGUAAGGAAGAAGACAUUAAUACGUUUUCUUUUUUAUGGAUUUCUGCCAGUAACUGGCUUCAAUUUUGCAUUAAGUGGGUAAGAUUACUCUUGCGAAAAUUCAGCUGAACUAACGUUUAAAAUAUUUGACUUUCUUUGAUUGAACACAGCUGCAAUAGACGGUUCUUCGACAUGUCAGAGACAGAAGAAGGGCAAUCAUUAGACGAUUUUUUUGCAAAGAAGUCCAAAAGUAAGAAGUCUAAGAACAAGAGUAAAGCAUUUACUACCUCAAAAGAUAUUGCUGAUAAAAAGCAAAAGAAAAAAGACAAAACUGAAGAAGCAACAGAGACUGCGCCCAAGGAAGUCUCCGAGGCUGAAGAGCAAUGGAAAGAUUUUGACGCCCCUCAGGAAACUGAUUACUCUGGGUUAAGAGUUCAGGCCCUCCAAAUUAAUGAUGAGAAUGAAAAAGAAGAAGAAGGAACUUCUUAUGAGAACUUUAGCGAUGGUGAAAGUGAAAGCAAAAAGGAGCAGUCGUCAGGACCCUGGGCAAAGUCAUCUCAAACACAAGGCUCAACACAAACAUCAUCUUCUGAACCAGAAAAUGUCCCGAAAUCUGCACAAAAGUACUUUCCUGGUGCAUAUAAAGAGCGAGUGAAAAAGGAGAGGUUUGGAGUGCCGCCUGAUAUAUCCAGCCAAGCAGCUUUUCCAAGUUUAAGCACUUCAGCAACAGAGCCCUCGUCAAGCCGUAGUGAUUUUGAAGUGGUCAAACGCGGAAUGAAGUCAUCAGGAACGUGCCAGGAAAGCAAACCCAUGUUAAGUACUGAAAACAGAUAUGAUAGUUUAAAGAGCUAACUAAAUUCAUUCAGUAUGCAAAAUUAUUUCUGCCAUUAGUUUUAGAAAAUUGUUUGUUUUUCUGUUCAUGCAGCUUAGAUGCUAGACCUUGAAAUAUAACUAACAACUCACUAUUUUUUCCCUAAGUA